GGGAGUGUAAAGUGUAAAGGUUAACAAAAUGGCGGCCGGCAGUUUGAGGUGUUGGCAGUAAUCGAAUGGCUUGUUACCGGCUCGAUUAACGCUCGCUGUUUAAAUAAACACGGACGUUAGCGAUGCGGGCUUGUUUGAGUCCCUGACAAACUCGAAAUCUAAUUAGGAGAUUUUAAACUGUUAUUAUUGUUAUUAUUAUUUUUAAUUUAAUUAUGGCGUUAGUGUAUGAGUUGGUAUGGCGAGUUUUGCACGUCCUCCUCCAGCUUCAGCGCGCGGCGGUGUCCUGGUUCCAGGCGCGCGCAUGGAAGCGCACCUGGCUGCUAUGGAGACGAGCCGCGGCUGCUGUGCUGCUCCCGCUAGCGCUCGGGUUUGCUAACCAGAAGAAGCUCGGAGCCGCGGCGGGGAAGCGACCGAGCCGCCGGUGUCGGCUGCUGACGGACGGGAAGGCUUUGGAGAAGCUGCCGCUGCACGUCGGGCUGCUGGUCGCGGAGGAGGAGGCGCAUUACACCGACAUGGCUAAUGUGGUGGUGUGGUGUAUGGCCCUCGGCAUCUCUUAUGUCAGCGUGUAUGAUAACGAAGGUGUGUUCAGGAGGAACAACUCCAGACUGAUGGAGGAGAUUGUGAAGCAGCAGAAGGAGCUCCUGGGCUCGGAAAGCUGCAAAUACUCGGCAGAGUUCCUGAAUAAUGGCACAGACACACAGGAACAAGUGUCAUGGUGUCAGACGGUGGUAAAGGUCUUGUCUCCAGACGACGGGAAGCUCAGUAUCGUGCGAGCGGCGCAGCAGCUGUGUAAGGCCGUAGAGCAGAAAGAGAGCACAUCCAAAGACAUCAACGUCACUGUGUUGGACUCCUUACUGCGGGAGUCAAAGAACAUCCCAGACCCCGAGCUGGUGCUGAAGUUCGGCCCAGUGGAGAGUACACUCGGCUUCCUGCCCUGGCACAUCAGACUAACGGAGUUCAUCUCUUUGCCUUCCCACAAAGACGUCUCUUACGACGACUUCCUCUGCGCUCUUCGGCGUUACGCGUCCUGCGAGCAGCGACUGGGGAAGUGAGCGAGUCCUCCAAAAAACCUGAACUGAAGGAAUCCAUGCGAGAGACGUCCUCUCUCUCUCUCUCUCUAUGUUUACAAAACACGCAGCUGAGCAUCAGCAUCCCGACGCCGCAUCAGCAUCUCUCCUUCACAACACACACGGCCCGGUUCUGACCCUGUACACCAAGGCUCUGUGUGAGUGAAUGAGUAAAUACGUGUAACUGUAAGUGUGUGUGUGUGUGUGUGUAUGUGUGUGUGUGCGUGUGUGAGAGCCUGCCCUGCUGCUGCGUGUACACGGAGCAGAACUUCCAUUCAUCCGUGAGCGGCUCCAGAGACACGGUUAGCAAUAUGGUGUAGAUUUCAGCGUCACACUUCAUCCCAUUUUGUCCUCUUGGUGUGUGUGGAAGCACUGUAGCGUGGGCCGCUGAGUCAGCCAGCACUGUGCACUGAGGAAAAGGAACAUUACGACGGGAAAACCAGUCAUCCAUCACAACAUCUCGGCAGCAUGCAUCACAAGGAAACUCAUUAAUGACUUAGCAAUGAUCUAAUGCAGUUGGAAUGAAUCGUGAACAGUACGAGCAUGUGGACCUGAGGGAGCAUGUGAAAUGUGUUAAAUGUAAACGUGUGUGUGGGGGUGUGCGUGCGUGCGUGUGUGUGUGCGCGUUUAGGCCACUGAUUGUACUGAAAAAAAACUUGACUUUGAUUUACAAUUGAUACAAAAUUGUUUAUGAUCAUAUGCUGUAUUGUUUUUUUUUUGUUUUUUUUUUGCCAAUCAGUCACAUUUUCAGGCUAAUGCUCCGUCCAACAGUUUACUUCUUAAAUAAGAAAUCAUUUUUUCCUUCUUUUCUUUUUUUUUUUUUUUUUAAUAUAUAAAUUAAGUACAUGUCUAUUAGGUGUGGGUGAUAUGGCAAAAAUGUAUUAUGUAUAUACCGAAGUUAAAGUAGGAACACUAUCCAAAAAAAAAAAAAAACCCCCAAAAAAAACAGCACCCCAGUAUGAGAGACUGAAAGUCAAAUGUUUUUUCAAAAUGACUGAUAUUUAAAAAACAUAACAAGCUGAAACAUUUUUAACAUCCAGACUCGUUACUGUAAGUAACCCUAGAGUUUGUUGUUGUAAAAGUACUCACGUUCUUCACAACACUCUUGCACUGUCAUAUCGCCCACUCCUAAUCUGCAAAUCUGAGAGACAAAUCCGAAGAUGUGUACGUGAAUGUGGAUCAGCUGCGUUGUGGAGAGACACUGCACUGAAUUUUACACCGUAAUGCUAACCUCAGAGGCUCGCAGACGACGAGUGUCUUGCCAUUUGUCGGAAGUCUUAAACCGAGCAGUGUAUUUAUUAGUCAUGGCUCAUCGUAUAAGAGGGUUGAUGUAAUAGUGUCCAGUGUCCAGUGCGAAUGCUUAAUAAAUGUUACUGAAAACCUGAA